AUGGACGUCAUUCCCCCUGAGUACGAUAAGGAAACUAAAGAGCGGAUCUACCGUCAGGAAUGGCUUGAGUACUUUAACUUCAUCGGGUGGGAUGCGGCGAUGCGGGACCACCCGGAGCAGUUUUACGCCAUCUUCCCGAAUAACUCCAGCAGCUCGCCAUUCGCGGCGAACAGCGCGGCGGGGGCGUGUCCAGAUGCCCUGCUGACGCACGACAUGCCCGGCGCGCAUGCCCCCCCGCCCUUCCUCGGCGCCCAGCAGCAACACCACCACAGCCACCGACGUGCCGUUGGCGGAGGGCACUACGUCGGCUCGGUGCUCGCCGCGCCGAGCGCCACUACGGCGGCGGCGGCGGCGAGGCUUUUUCUUGAUAGUGAGAGCUCCAGCGACAGCGGUAGAUCCUCCUCCUCGUCCUUCUCCUCCUACACGGGGGGGUCGUCGAAUGCAAGCGUGUCGUCGCAGCGGCAUCAGCAGCGACAUCGUCGUGAGGGCGGCGAGGCGGAUGGCGAGGGCGGGAAAAAGAAAAGCUCGACGCGUCGCCACCGUCGCAGCCGGAGCCGCAGCGGCAGCGACAAUAGCCGGCGCCGAACGCACCGUCGCCACAACUCGCGUCGCCGCAGCCCUCGGCGCGAUGAGGCAACGAGACGGAGACGCGAGGAAGACCCCAGUGGGCGUCGAAAACGUGAACGGGAGGAUGACAGGGAGGCAAGGCGGCACGAGCGACGGUCGCGCGGUAGUUACCACCCAGCGGAGGGGGAGGAGAAUCGCCGCCGCCGCCGCCGCCAUGAGGAGCAGAGCCAACACAGGUCACGCUCGGAUAGGGAGAAGGAGCGGGACGGAAAGGCUGAGCGGGGGUACGGCAGGGAGAGAACGGCGACCGCCAACGCGGGUAGCGGCUCCAGCGACGCAUACAGAGGGAGAUAUGUUCUGAAGGAGGAACGCGAGAAACGGCGUGUGAAGAGCGGCGGAGUUGGUGCCAGCGGCCAAGGGCCCACCGAACGGUACGAGGAUCGCAGGGAGGACGCCCGCCAACGUCGGCAGCGGGACACGGAUGACCGGCGCAAGCGUUAA